AUAAGUAUUGGCCAAUCAAAAAGUACCAUUCCCCGGAGUUCAGCCAUCUUGGAUAUCAGAAGGAGUUCAAUUUUUGGCCAAUUUUGGACGUUCUGUCUGUUUUCACCCCAAAAUGGCCGAACAGAGCAUUGAUCUGGAGCGAGAAAAGAUUGAAAGGGAGACUGAGCAGAUUAAACAGGUCCUGAGUGGGAGAUUAGUUAUUGACAGCUCGGAGGGAGAGUACAGUUCGGAGGAAGAGUCCGACCACGAGGAAAAGCUAGCUAUAGCAUCUCCAGUAGAGCCCUUCAGGUCAUCAGUGUCACCAAGGAUCAGCAAUGCAGGGUCCAGAGCAUCUUCUCAGUUGUCCAGAGACACUCUCAUCCUCACCCCUCACACAGUGGAAGGUGUGCGCAGCAGACCGUCAUCAGGCCUGGUCGUCGCAGGGCCGUCUUCAGCACCGGAUGUGGGGUACCAGCAGGAAGAGGAGGAUCAAACAGAGGAGGAAGUACAAGGGCUGAUCCAGGAUCUGGAGCCAGAGGAGGUUCUGGAGCUGAACCAGAACUACCAGGAGUACAUCCAUGACAUGCUGAACAGGGUACAGCUCAUGCUGGCGCAGAACAGGGAAAGACAGACUGCGCUGAAGUCGGAGCUGACAGAGAGUGACCGAGGAUCAGACGGCAGGGUCAAACGGGGCCACGGGCUGUGGAACUUCUUCAAACCUUACUUCAAAGACAGCUAUGGAAACGGCCCCCCUCCCAAUGAGGACGCACGCCACAAGAGAGAAGAAAAAACAGUCAACCCGUUUGUGUGUCUCUCCAAAAAAUGGUCAGCAAAAGACCACAAGACCCUCUACGCAGCAGUCAGAAGUGAUGGGAUGCAGAAGAAAACACGGUCACUCAUGAACAAGUAA